CAGAGAAGGCGAGGAGGAGACGGACUUGGGAAAACCAGCUCGUCCUAAACUCGAUAGCUGCGUUAGCCUUAAGGAUUAACGGCAGCCUUAGCAGUUAUUUCUAUCAUAUGAUAGUGUUUCCACUUGUUCGUUCAACUCAUUUCGACGGGGGAAGGCUGCUUGUCCCACUUUGGAGAGGGCUAGCACAGCGGAGGGAGCCUCGUAAUCGGUUGUUUCCCUGCUGGAGCGGACGGGGCUCUGGUUGUGGCCGGGCAGCCCCGCUGGACUGUCGGACGAAACCGAGACUUCAACACGGAAUGUAACAACAGCAACGAUUUAAAUCCACAGUUUUCAUGUUAGGAGAGUGGAAAUGCCCAUUUCAACGGUGUUUUGACAUUGUAUACCAAUGCGACGGAGCUCACGGAGGAGAAGUUUGAUUGGAGAGCGGAGUGCGCUUGAUUUCCAGUCCGAUGGAUGUUAGCCCUGUCCGGCUGUGGCUCGGCUCUCUGCUCCGCUUUUCCGAAAAUAACAGGUUAAAAACCAACAGGCACAGGUGAACACGUCUGUUUAUAACAAUGCUGCAGACCUUGCAAGUACAUGACAGCCCUGGCUUGAAUGCCAACAAGUCCACCUCCAUUGCUUGUCUGUAAACCUGGAAAUUCCACCAACCAUCCACUCCUCUUCAUCCUUCUCCUCUUCCUCACCUCUUCUUUUUUUGGACUAGUGAGGCUUGCAUUACCUGGGAUAUUUUGGAUUUAGACUCGAUCCCGACAUUUUAAAGAUGUCCUUUUUGCAGAGACAGUGCUCCUUGGAGCAGCAAGACAUUUAAUUUGACUCAGUCGUUUUGAGAUUUUGGGGUUUUUUGGUUUUUUUAUUCUCUUUCUAGUCAGAGGAUCCGAUUCGGAUGGAAAAUGGGAGACGCCACCAAACUGGCCUUCGCCGUUUUCCUCAUCUCCUGCUCUUCAGGUGCCAUCCUCGGACGCUCGGAGACUCAGGAGUGCGUGUACUACAACUCCAGCUGGGAGAAGGAGCGCACCAACCGCAGUGGCAUCGAGCCCUGCUAUGGCGAGAAAGACAAGCGGCGGCACUGCUUCGCCACGUGGAAGAACGUCUCCGGCACCGUGGAGGUCGUCAAGCAAGGCUGCUGGCUGGACGACGUCAACUGCUACGACAGUAACGAGUGUGUGGAGAGGAAGGAGAGCCCCGAUGUUUUCUUCUGCUGCUGUGAAGGCAACAUGUGCAACGAGAGGUUCCUGUACACCCCUGAAGCGCCGCCACAGAGCGACCCACACCAUUCAACUGCAUAUACCACCUCCAACCCAUUUUCCCAGAAGCCCCAGCUCUUCAGCACUCUCCUGUACUCCCUGGUUCCCAUCAUAGGCCUGGCCGCCGUUGUCCUCUUCUCUUUCUGGAUGUGGAGACAUCACAAACUGGCCUACCCCGCCGCCCUCGUCCCCACACAUGAUCCCGGGCCCUCACCCCCGUCCCCCAUUUUGGGACAUAAACCACUGCAGCUGAUCGAGGUGAAAGCCAGGGGGCGCUUUGGAUGCGUGUGGAAGGCCCAGCUGCUGAAUGAAUAUGUGGCCGUGAAGAUCUUCCCGAUUCAGGACAAGUUGUCUUGGCAGAACGAGUAUGAGAUCUACAGCGUGAGCGGCAUGAAGCACGACAACAUCCUCCACUUCAUCGGCGUGGAGAAAAGGAACAACAACCUGGACCUGGAGUUGUGGCUAAUCACUGCCUACCAUGACAAGGGGUCGCUGACAGACUACCUGAAGGCCAACGUGGUGUCCUGGAACGAGCUCUGCCACAUUGCCCAGACGGCGGCCCGCGGCCUGGCCUACCUCCACGAAGACAUCCCAGGACACAAGGACGGACACAAACCCUCCAUCGCUCACAGGGACAUUAAGAGUAAGAAUGUGCUGUUGAAGAAUAACCUGACAGCCUGCGUAGCUGACUUUGGUCUUGCCCUGAAGUUUGAGGCUGGAAAGUCGGCAGGAGAUACACAUGGACAGGUGGGAACGCGGCGCUACAUGGCUCCCGAAGUCCUGGAGGGGGCCAUCAACUUCCAGCGCGACUCUUUCCUGCGCAUUGACAUGUACGCCUUCGGCCUCGUCCUGUGGGAGCUCGCGGCGCGGUGCACGGCCGCUGACGGCCCAGUGGAUGAGUACAUGCUCCCGUUUGAGGAGGAGGUGGGGCAGCAUCCGUCUCUGGAGGACAUGCAGGAGGUCGUUGUGCAUAAGAAACUGCGGCCCUGCCUGCGAGACUGCUGGCAGAAACACACGGGUCUGGCCAUGCUCUGCGAAACCAUCGAGGACUGCUGGGACCACGAGGCCGAGGCUCGCCUGUCCGCCGGCUGCGUUGAGGAGCGCAUCGGCCAAAUGCAGCGCCAAGCCCCCAUCAUCGGCCCUGAGGAGAUUGUCACUGUGGUCACCAUGGUGACCAAUGUGGACCUCCCACCCAAGGAGUCCAGCUUAUGAUCGGCCAAUCAGAUGACACCGAAUGAGCUUGCAGAAACACGGAUCAACACGAGGGGAUGAACAGCCGACCCUGGUUGGUUGGCGUAGUGUUUUUUUUUUCUUUCUUUCUUUACAUUUUCUGUUUUUGUUGGGUUCUUUUUUUCUUUUUUUUUUGUUCCUUUAAGUGCAGGCCGCUACUCACGUUCAGGACACACCCUGCGCCCACCUCACCACAUCAGUUUAUAUCCACCUCAUUUUGAUAUGUGUGCCUAAGGAUUUUAACAUUUUAACGGUCAACACUCUCUCACCCCGAGCAAACGAUUCAGGAUAUUUACGACGACAAACGACGUCACUGAGUGACAGUGCUGACACGCUGGGACGACAACACUCAACACUUUGAUCAUGUCUUGUUUUUAUAUACAUACAUACACAUAGGAGGGCAACCUGUUCUGCUCGGUUUUCUACAGAGAGAGGAGAUCUUGCAGAGGAAUUUCACAGAACUCUCGGUGCAUUUUAGUGUAAAAAAGAAAAAAGAAAAAAGAAAGAGAAAAAAAAAAAAGACAAGUACCCGGCUCUCGAUACAUUUGCUGUUUUCCUGUGUGCGUUUUUUUGAAGAAACGACUAUCGUUCUGCCAAUAAGCAACGGCUUCUGAAUGUUUAUAGUGUAAUGCUGCUGUACAUAGUGUAUUAUGGACCCAGACAACUUGGUAA